CGCGCGCGGGCGGCGGGAGGAGGUGCGGCGGCCUAGCUGAGCGGCGCGGUGGGCGGCCAUGCCGUACGCCAACCAGCCCACGGUGCGCAUCACCGAGCUGACGGACGAGAACGUCAAAUUCAUCAUCGAGAACACCGACCUGGCCGUGGCGAACUCCAUCCGGAGGGUGUUCAUAGCGGAGGUGCCCAUUAUAGCUAUUGACUGGGUCCAGAUAGAUGCCAACUCCUCAGUGCUCCAUGAUGAAUUCAUUGCCCACAGACUGGGUCUCAUCCCGCUCACCAGUGAUGACAUUGUGGAUAAGAUGCAGUAUUCCAGAGACUGCACAUGUGAUGAAUUCUGUCCAGAGUGCUCUGUGGAGUUCACGCUUGACGUCCGCUGCAACGAGGACCAGACUCGGCACGUCACAUCCCGUGACCUCAUCUCCAACAACCCUCGUGUCAUUCCGGUAACAUCUCGGAGCAGAGACAACGACCCCAAUGACUAUGUGGAGCAGGAUGACAUCCUGAUUGUGAAGCUGCGGAAGGGCCAGGAGCUGAAGCUGCGAGCCUAUGCCAAGAAGGGCUUUGGCAAGGAGCAUGCCAAGUGGAACCCCACAGCAGGUGUAGCCUUUGAGUACGACCCAGACAACGCCCUGAGGCACACGGUGUACCCCAAGCCAGAGGAGUGGCCCAAGAGUGAAUACUCAGAGAUUGAUGAGGAGGAUGCUCAGGCUCCGUACGACCCCAAUGGGAAGCCCGAGAGGUUUUAUUACAACGUGGAGUCUUGUGGCUCUCUGCGCCCCGAAACCAUCGUUCUCUCCGCACUGUCUGGCCUGAAGAAGAAACUGAGUGACCUCCAGACCCAGCUGAGCCAUGAGAUUCAGAGUGACGUCCUCACUAUAAACUGAGAUGGCCCUUUGCAGGAGAUUGUCCAGGCAGGAGUGAUGCAGAAGGUUUCUGCCUCUGCCUGGCAGCACCCUGGGCUGAAGUGUUGUCUCCUCAUCCCCCUCUGCCUCUUUUGGUGCAGCUCUGCUUGUCGGCAGCACUUCUCUUCCCAGAGAAAGCCAUGGUGAUGUGUAGGGUAAAGCAGGAAGAAAGUCUUUGCUGGAGUGGGGAUGGGCUUUGUCUCUGAGCCCAGAGUUUUGGGCUGUGGUCACGUAGCGUUUGGGAUUGGGAAGUGCGUACCUCAGUUACACAACCCUGUCCUGUUUGCAUGUCCAUUCCCUAACCAUGCCGAAUAAAGCCUUAACCUCUGUGUUCAGUCA